UCUGCUUUGAGAGGUGAAGUUAUCGAGACGUGUAUCGGUGUUGUUUGAGAGGAAUAUAGUGAUUAAAAAGUUUGCCGCAGAUCUUCGCAAACAGAGGUUAAUUUAGAGUUUGGAAGAAGGUUAACUGUUGAAGAAAAGCAGACUUGCGAGGUAGAAGAAUGGAGUUUAUGGAGUACGGACGCUUCAGAGAGAGGAGGGAGCCAGAGUAUCCGUCCAUCUUCGAGAUCUUUCCCUGUCAACCGACUCCAGGUCCUUCCUCUCGCAUCAAGAAAGAAGAGAGUAAUAUGGACGAUACUCGGAAGGACGGCCGUGCAGAGGGCCAUGCUGUUGGGCGCGUCAAGAAGAGGAAGGCAGCCGAAGAAAUACCACCGUCUGAUGACGGCGAGCGCAAACGCACCGAGCAGCGUCGCCGUCGCCGCAAGAGACGUGAGAAUAAACUGGUCUCCACGCAGCACGAGGGCCCUGAUGGGGUCCACGUCAUUGGGCGCUUCAAAAUAAAUAUGGUCGUAGAAGAAAAUUCACCAGUCAAGGUCCAAGACAACGACCUGAAUUCUCAAAGUGAGAUUCGCUCGAAGGAAGAAGAGAUGGUACUGGUAGAUGCAGCGCAGGAGGGCCCAGCUGAGGUGGACGGUGCCAAGAUGGAUCAAGAGGAGGAGAUAGUAACUGAGUGUCUCGUGGAUGCUUUGAAGAUGGAACAAGGCUGCCAAGAGUUAGAGGAGGAGGAAGCCGAGAGUCUCAUGGGUGCUGCCAAGAUGUGUGAAGCGUGUGGAGAGAUUGAGGAAGGGGCAGGUGACGGUCUUGUGGAUGCUGCUAUGUUUGACCCAGUAUGUGGGGAUGAUGAGGAAGGGAUGGCUGAGAGUCUAGUGAAUGCUGUCGGGAUGGAAAAAGCCCAUCAAGAUUUAGAGGAGGAGGCAGCUGAAAGUCUCAUGAGUGCUGCCAAGAUAGGUGAAGCCUGUGGAGAGAUUGAGGAAGGGGCUGCUGUGUUUGAACCAGUAUGUGGAGAUGAUGAGGAAGGGGCAGCUGAGAGUUUUGAGAAUGCUGCUGGGAUGGAACAAGCCCAACAAGAUUUAGAGGAGAAGGCAGCUGAAAGUGUCAUGGGCGCUGCCAAGAUGGGUGAAGCCUGUGGACAUAUUGAGGAAGGAGCAGGUGAUGGUCUCGUGGAUGCUGCUGUAUUUGACCCAAUAUGUGGAGAUGAGGAGGGAGAUGCAGCUGAGAGUAUUGUGGAUGCUGCCGAGAUGGAAAAAGGAAAUAAAGAUUUAGAGGAGGAGGCAGCUGAAAGUCUGAUGAUUGCUGACAAUGUGGGUGAAGCCUGUGGAGAUAUUGAGGAAGGGGCAGGUGAUGGUCUUGUGGAUGCUGCUAUGUUUGACUCAGUGUGUGGAGAUGAGGAGGAAGGGUCAGCUGAGAGUCUUGUAAAUGCUGCCGGGAUGGAAAAAGCCCAUAAAGAUUUAGAGGAGGAGGCAGCUGAAAUUCUCAUGGGUGCUGCCAAGACAAGUGAAGCCUGUGGAGAUGUUGAGGAAGAGGCAGGUGAUGGUCUCGUGGAUGCUUCUGUGUUUGACCCAGUAUGUGGAGAUGAUGAGGAAGGGGCAGCUGAAAGUCUUGUGAAAGCUGCCAGGAUGGAAGAAGCCCAUCAAGAUUUAGAGGAGGAGGCAGCUGAAAGUGUCAUGGGCGCUGCCAAGAUGGGUGAAGCCUGUGGACAUAUUGAGGAAGGAGCAGGUGAUGGUCUCGUGGAUGCUACUGUAUUUGACCCAAUAUCUGGAGAUGAGGAGGGAGGUGCAGCUGAGUGUCUUGUGAAUGCUGCCGAGAUUGAAAAAGGAAAUAAAGAUUUAGAGGAGGAGGCAGCUGAAAGUCUCAUGGGUGGUGCCAAGACAAAUGAAGCCUCUGGAGAUGUUGAGGAAGAGGCAGGUGAUGGUCUCGUGGAUGCUUCUGUGUUUGACCCAGUAUGUGGAGAUGAUGAGCAAGGGGCAGCUGAGAAUCUUAUGAAAGCUGUCAGGAUGGAAGAAGCCCACCAAGAUUUAGAGGAGGAGGCAGCUGAAUGUCCUAUGGGUGCUGCCAAGAUGGAGGAAGUCCGUGUAGAGGUGGAGGAGGGGGAAGCUGAGAGUAUUUCGGGCCAACCCUAAGGUGCAGCAUGCACCAACUGAAAAAAUGUUCGUUUGUUCCAAAAGUUCUUAUUUGUGUUCCUUUUUUGUUCUCUGUGUUAUUUGUUUCGUUUUUCGUGUUCAUUUAAUGUUGUUCUGUUUAUUCAUUUUUCAAUUUUCUUUAACAUUCCUUGGUUUAUUUAACGCAAAAAAAUAAAUUUUACGUAUUUCACCAA